UGACAGCGCUCGCACAAUUCCACAGCUCGCACUACUGCUACCGUGCUACGCCACUAGAGCGUCGAGACUCUGAACAAUUCCACAGCGUCUACGCCCAGAGAGAAGCGAAGCGUGGACUAGUUCAUGGCCGCCGGAGCGGCCGAAGAUCCGCAGGACCGGCUGAGCGGGCUCCCCGACGACGUCCUCCACUCCAUCAUCGGCCGCGUCCCGUUCAAGCAGGCCGUCCGCACCAACGCCCUCUCCAGGAGGUGGCCACGCCUAUGGCUCCACGCGCUCGCCGCCUCGGGAGUCCUCGACUUCACUGACCGCGGCUUCGUCCGAUCCCAGUCGCGAGCGCAUAUCGUGGCCACGGUGAACCGCUGCCUCAGGGUCCGCGGCGGCGGGGCGCCCAUCGACGUGCUCCGGGUGUCCCUGUGCCCUUUCGGCGCGUUCGAGCGGGACGUCGUCGGCUGGAUCGCGGCCGCCUUGCGGAGGGGCGCCAGGGAGGUCGAUGUGAACCUGACCCAGGGACGUGUGGAGCUUGGCGCGGCGUUCGUCAACUGCCGAACGGAGCUUGAGCUUCCAGGGGACUUGUUCUGUGCCGAGAGCUCGCUGGCCCGGCUCAGCCUCGGCCGGUGCAGCCUCUCCAACGUCCCGCCUGGCGCUCCAGGGCUCGCCGGCCUGACGUCGCUCUCCCUGACCCACGUCGACAUCACGGAUGACGCUGUCCGGGACACGGUCGCCUGCUGCCGGCUGCUCGAAUUCCUGAGCCUGAGGAAUUGCCACCUGCUGAAGUUCGUGAGGAUCGCCGGCGAGAACCUUCGUGGCCUGGAGGUCGUAGGGUGCCUGGACGUGCGCCAGCUUCAGGUGGCCGCGCCCGCGCUCGAAUCGUUCGCCUUCCACGGCGACAUCCUCUACUUCAAAUACAGAGAGGACGAGAGCCUCGAGUUCGAGCCCGUCGAGUUCAUCGGCAAAGGCAACAACACCCAGACGCCGUCGGAAGCCACGCCCCUGCUGCGGGACGCGUACCUGUCCCACAUUGGCUUCGGCGUAUACGACGAUCCUCUUCACGAGUUCGCAUUCUCAAACUUGAUGGAGAAGGUUGCGCAUGCCAAGAUUUUGACAAUUUGCUCCGUGGGGUUGCUGCACAUUGAAGAAACGUGCAAUUUCUAUGAGCUCAUGAUAGAUACUCCGAACCUACAAGAGCUGCAGCUGCUCAUGGACUCCAUGGACGACGACGAUGUCACUCGCAUCUCCGGCUUCUUCCAUCCCACCCCUCCGCCGCUCCUCGAGCGCCUCUUCAUCCGGCUCCCAGCUGCCGCUUGCGAGCACACAAACAGCGGCGGCGCGACGGCCAUUGGCAAUGACGAAGACAUUGUUCUGGACUUCGAGAUCGCUCUCGACCACCUGACGUUCAUCAAGCUGGUCAACUUCCGGGGGACGAGGCGCGAGAUGCGGCUUCUCAGGUUCGUCCUGCGGCGAGCUCCUAUCCUGGAGCACGUAGUGCUCCUCACUCCAGAAGAAGAGGGAAGAGCUUUGCGUCCAGGAGACGACGACCAGAAUCAGCAACUCCUUAAGAUCGUCCAAGAGCAUGUGUCGGAGAUUGGAAAGGCGUUUCUCUGGCGGGAAGCCCACGUCGUGGUGUGCCGGCCGCGAGAGGACUGCAGCCGGAGCCCUGCACACACCAAGUACUACCACGAUGACUAGGCAGUCAUUUUGAACUUUGAAGGAGAUUCUACUGGUCGCAAGAAUAACAUAACGUCGUGAUGCUGCCACGCUGGUAGCGGAUCUUCUAACUGAUACAGACGUCUAAGUAUUGUACUCCUCUGAUUCUAAAUUCUUGAUUUAAAUUUGUCCAAAUACGGAUGUAUCUAUUCUUAAAAAGCGUCUAGAUACAUGUAACAUUUCGACAACAAUUUAAGAUCGAAGGGAGCAGUUUUUAAGUCUUGCCCCAUUUUGUUA